AUGCUUUUACCGGUGCUGUUUGUUUGUGUUACCGUUUUGGGGCGUCAUGUUGCUGCCAACGUAUUCAACUACAACCAAUAUCCUCAGGCACAGGUGAACGCUUGGACACAGGCAUGCCGUAGCUUCCAAGCGCAGGCCUUUGCCACCCAGGCCCAACAGAAUCAGUUCUUCACGAACAUGUUCCCAUCGGUGCAGCUACCACCACUACCCUUCACGGAUCUUUGCUCACAGUCUGGCUUUGCUGCGGCCGGUGCUGGUGCAAGUGCCGGUUCGUUUGGCCACGGUGGUGCUGGUGUUGGUGUGACUUCGUUUAACAAUCGGUUCGGUGGAGAUGACGGUGGAUAUGGCGGAAGUGGCGGUGUGCAGGGUGUUAGUAUUAGCAGUAGCUCGAACGGAUACGGCCAAGGUGGUACUACCGUGACGCACUUUGGCAAUGGCGGUGCAUCGUCCAACUACAUCCCGCACAAUGGCGGCGGAUUCUCGACAGGGAAUCGCUUCGGCGGAAGCUCCGGACAGGGUGUGAGUGUUUCGUCCUUUGGUACGAGCAAUGGUGGAGGGUAUGCAACGGCUAAUCGUUUCGGGGGCGGUUCCGGUGGUGGAACUACACAUUACGCUUCGAACAACGGUGGAUCGGUUAGUUCGUACGGUCCGAAUGGCGGAAGCUUUGCAUCGGCGACCCGGUUCGGUGACUCGAACGGUGGAGGCGGCUAUGGAGGCGGUGGAUAUGGAGGCGGUGUUAGCAGCUAUGGCGGUGGGAAUGGUGUGGCCGUUGGUGCUAGCGUUUCGUCCUCCAGCCACGGCAAUGGUGGAGGAUCAGUGCAGACGAGCGUUUACAAGCAGCACUACUAA